UACCAUCAGCAUAGAGGGUGCGGUCGUCUUCUUAACUCGUGAAACUCCGUUCGCAAGCGACGACGUUUUCCCAAGAUUUUUCCCAUUUGUUCGCGUCGCGUGUACUUGUCCAAGGUGUUGAAAAGGGGUUAAACUGUUCCACUGUCGAGCGAGGAUUUCUCAAGGUCACCUGGCACGCGCUGCCGCGCUCCUGUAGUGGGGGAUCAGUGAUAUGACCUUAGUGGCGUCGAAGGAGGGGAACGUAUUGCCCAUCAUGUUGAGCGUCCAGCAGCAGCAUCAUCACCAUAAUCUCCAUGGGUCGUCUACAACCAGUGCUCAAACUCAUCGCGGCAACGUGAUCGUUUCCACGAGCAGCAUGCCGUCGAAUGACAUGAAGAUCCAGCAGCACGGUUGCAAGCGAUCCAAGAUAUACGGUCAGACUGGACCGUACGGGGCUGUCCCCCAUCAACCGGCUUCGGUAGCCAGAAGGAAUGCGAGGGAACGGAAUCGUGUGAAACAGGUGAACAAUGGGUUCGCUACUUUGAGGCAACAUAUUCCUCAGAGCGUGGCCCAGGCUCUCGGAGGUAGCACUGCUGGCACACAUGGCGGGGCCAGGGCUGGUAGUAAAAAGUUGUCGAAAGUUGAGACGCUUCGAAUGGCUGUUGAGUACAUCAGGAGUCUUCAGCGUCUCUUGGAGGAGCAUGACAGUGGGUCCGACGCGAGUGUGUCUUCGCCAACAUCGUCCCCACCAUCCUCCACUUCCUCGUCCACGUGUGGCUCUGCUAAUGGAAUCGGAGUCGAGUCGAGUCACCACUCGGCCGAAUUGAGACUGCGCGGGAACAUGAACGAAAUCAGACAUCACAGUCCUGACAUGCACCGACACCUCCGACAGAAUCCCAGUCCCACGUUCGUAACAGCACCCUGUUCCGAAGCUUCCAGUUCACCGACGCCCAGUUUCGUUUCCGAGACUUCGUCAGCUGGCAGCCAGGGAUACGGUACUUCCGGCAACCUCUAUACUGCCCAUUCCGACGGUUACGAUAAUUAUGAGCCCAUGAGUCCCGAGGACGAAGAACUUUUGGACGUUAUCUCCUGGUGGCAACAAAGUCAAUGAGAAAUGCUAACGUCGCAUCUAAUGCGGUUCUUGUUUUCUCAUGAGAAGUCAGUCAAACGGUACACGGAGAAAUGGAGGUGACGACGUGUAGGCUGUUUAGUAACUGUGAUCUAGUCAUAUUAAUUUGUGUACAGAUAAUUUGUAAGCGUGUUGUUUCUGCCAGUGACUUAAAAUGGUAAUUUGUGUUUAACAUGUUGACCGUUAACAUCAUCCCCUGAAAUUAUUUCUUAACGCAUUACAGAUCCUGCGAACCGAAGUUUUUGUUGCGUAAUGUUUAUUCAAUCCGGUAUCAUAAACCAACAGUUUUAAUGUUAACAAUGCACAGCUGUUUUCUAUUACGAUGUAGUCAACUUUUCAACAGUCAAUGUGUUAAUUACGGAAUCGUCGAUGACAGUUUUUUGAUCGACCACCGAAUUGUAGAUACCAAGAUGCCUUAGGUGUAGUAAGAUGAUGUCGUAUCGACAUUAAUUAUAAGAGACGUCCUCAAAGGAUAUAAAGCAUUCCAGUGUGCCUUAGAGUUAUUAACUUUUAUACUUCCCGCAAUAAAUAGUAGCUGAUUCUCCUCUUUGAAAAGACAUCGAAAGAAGACUUCUCCGACAUCAAAAUAAUCUCUAGUGUCAGUUAACAGAUUUGUUUUUAAAUAUCGAACGUUACAAAUUUUAAGAAUGUUACGAACACUACGCGAAAAUAUUUAUGUGAAUUCGUGGAAGUAUUUGAAUACUGUUCUCGCGAAUUAAUAAACGUCUAAUUGUAAUAUAAUUUGUAAUGAUAUUGUAAAUUACGUAUGUUGAACAGAAUCGAAGUGUAUAAGUUAUGUAAAUUGUAAAUAUAUCGAGACAGUGCCUUUUUGUAAAUAUUGACAAAUAAUUCGUUAAAUAUAUUGGACGACGUUAUGAACAAUAAAA